AUGUGUCUCUUUGGUUUCCACUUACUAGCUCUAGAAGACUCACGUAGGAUCUCAGAACUCCAGAAGCAACACCCGUCGCCCAGGGCUUCGCUACCUUUCCAACGUCUGCCGCGUGCCAUCGCUUCACCCCAUGUACAGGGCUAUAAAAAGGCUUCACAUCGACAUGUCUACCUCAGUGUCUUCAAAAUCCCGCCACACCAGACCUCAUCAACGACGCAUGCCUGGCCGGAGAACCCGGCAUCACCCCAUGUCUCUCUCCGUGUGGCUGAGGUGGAGGUGCACACAGAAAAGACGGCACACGGGAGUUACUAUGGUGGCCACAGCCAAGGAAAAGGCCCCUGCCCCAUCUCCGUUCUCUUCCCGACGAGGCCCUCCCCCAUCGGUCAUCAGCUAUGGCUUAAGGGGCGCACGCGGAGGCCGUGGCCGAUCGAGGUGGAGCUCGCCCCUGUUGGGCAGCAGGGCGACCGCGGCUUGGUUUCACCUGAUUCUUCCCUCCUCCACCGCCAGCAGCAAGAGCGCCGCCACCAAACGUGCUUUGCGCAUCUUCUUGGAUUUCCCUCUUCCGAGGCGCACAACCGCCUCGAUCCAAACCUUCCCCGUGGACUUGUGGAAGCAACGAUGGUGGGUGCAUGCUGGCCGCUGCUCGCGAUCGUGGGUGGUCAGACUGGCACAAGAAAAAGUCCGAUGUCAGCGCAUCUGCACCUCCAUGCGGGUGCUCAAGAUGGAUGAUGAUUUUUAUAAGAGCCCUAUCCCGGACACCUGCGGUUAAGGCUGCAUGGUGAUUGAUGAAGUGGUUCCCAAUGAUCUGCAGGAAGGAUAGAGAUGAAUACCCAUCUCUGAGUGGUGAAGAAGUUCCCUGUUUCCCUGCCCGAGCCUUACAACAGCGUAUAUUUAUGCUUUUGUUCUCCAAGUAGUAAGAUGUCAAAGCACAAGUGUCUUUUUAAGGCUUCUUUAAAGUUUGUUUUCUGAUUUUCAAUCCUGGGGACAUGUAGUUAUUUCUUCAUUUUCUAAUCUGAAAAGUACAGCAUGUAAAGCCAUAUUCUUUUACACCAGGAACUAAUUUGGAGGUCGCUGAUUUGGUAA